AUGGGAAGAAAGACGGUUUAUGCUAUGAUUCUCCGAAGAUUUGCUUCAAGCGCCAUUGAACGUAAGCGGAUUUCAAUUAUAGGGUCUGGCCCAUCGGGAUUUUACACUGCGUAUCAUUUGCUAAGUAAGUGCCAAGUUCCUUUAGAUGUCUGGCUGUGGGAGGCCUUACCUACUCCGUUUGGUCUGUCUAGGUAUGGAGUAGCUCCGGAUCAUCCAGAAGUCAAGAACUGUGAAGAUACGUUUACAGCUAUAGCUAACCGCUAUGCCGGAGAUACCCAACCAGGUGAACAUCAGUUCCGGUUUAUUGGUAACGUUACUGUUGGACGGGAUUUACCUCUUAAAUCUAUUAUUGACAAUUUCGAUGCUACAAUACUAAGCUACGGAUGUUCUGGGGAUAACCGUCUUGGUAUACCAGGGGAGGAAACUAGUAGCGGGGUUUUCACUUCCCGUGAGUUUGUGAAUUGGUACAACAGUCACCCGCAUUAUGCGAAAGAAUCUCGUUUGAAUGACUUCGAUUGGACUAAAGUUCGGAGGGUGGGGAUCAUUGGUAAUGGUAACGUUUCCCUUGAUAUUACCAGAUUACUAUUGACAUCUAAUAUUGACGAAAUAUGGGGUAACACCGAUAUCAAUCAAAAUGCAAUAAGGCUAUUACAACAGGCUCCAAUCGAAGAAGUAAGACUCAUUGCAAGAAGAGAUUUUCUGCAUAGCAAAUUCACCAACAAGGAGCUUCGCGAACUGUGGGAACUGGAGAAAUAUGGCAUACGUGGGUAUAUUGAUCCUCAAUUCUUCACUCCGUCCGAAUGGGAUCUCUCCGGCAUGGAGCGAAGCAUUAAGCGGCGAAUUGAAAUGUGUGAACAGUACCUCAAGCCUUUCCACGAACGUAAGGGGAAGUCAUUCACUAAGUAUGCCCCUCCUUCAGAAGGAUACUCAAAGAGAUGGGUGCUUGAUUAUUUGAAAACCCCAUUAGCGAUAAAUACCGGUUCUAACGGUUUAAUUACUUCAUUGUCAUUUUGUGAGAACACAAUUACAAAAGAAAAUAGAGUUAUUUCGAACAACAGCAAGGAGUUAAGUUACGAGAUAGAUCUCCUGAUAACAUCUCUAGGAUACCGUGGGCAACCGCUUCCAGAUUACUCGGAUCUGGGCAUCGAUUUCAGUCGCAACCGUGUCGCGUGCAAUGCAGGCGGUCAAGUCCUUAACAAGAGUGGAAAUGUUAUCCCAGGUCUAUUUACUAGCGGCUGGAUAAGGAAAGGUGGCAAUGGUGUCAUUAUGACCACAAUGAUGGACUCUUUUAAUGUUGGUGAUGCUGUCAUGAAAUAUAUAUCUCAACUGCCGCUGAAACCAAGAACUGCGACUGAAGUCAACCUUACUGGUCUCAACUACACAACAUGGGCCACAUGGUUAAAGAUAGACGCUAUAGAAAAAGACAACGCCUCCAAUGGUCAGCCACGGCAGAAGCUUCAGACCGUUGAAGAGAUGCUAAAAGUUUAG